UUGAAACGCUCUCAUUUGAUAGAAAAAGUAUUCAUCACUACACAGUACUUUCUCUCUCAUCCCUCUCUCUCUCUCUAGAGUUUCUUCUCCUCUCCAUCAGAUCCGUAUAAAUUUGAACUCGUCAACGUUUUACAUUUUCAUAUCGUGAUUUUUUCAUCUCUGGUUUUUUUUUUUUGGAGUGUUGGAUUUACAAAUGGAGGAUCCGAAUCGGAAGAUUUGGAUAAUGCAGUAUCUGCUGCUGUUAUCGGCCGCGUGCUUCAUUUCUCAGCUCUACGCUUCCGAUGAUGUGCAAUUGUACGAGUCGUUCGAUGAUAAUUUCGAGGGGAGAUGGAUUGUGUCAGAAAAGCAGGAUUACACAGGUGUGUGGAAACACGAAAAGAGCGAAGGACACGAUGACUAUGGACUUAAUGUGGCGUACAACGAGUCACCCUACACAAUAAUGUUUGGUCCCGAUAGAUGUGGUGCCACAAACAAGGUCCACUUCAUCCUCAAGCACAAAAACCCCAAGAGUGGAAAGUACAUCGAACACCACCUCAAGUUCCCUCCAUCUGUUCCUUCAGACAAACUCACCCAUGUCUACACCGCAAUCUUGACUCCAGACAACGAGUUGAGAAUCUUGGUCGACGGUGAAGAGAAGAAGAAGGCUAAUUUCUUAGCAGAGGAUGAUUUCGAACCCUCACUCAUUCCAUCAAAGACCAUACCCGACCCAGAUGACAAAAAGCCCGAAGAUUGGGACGAACGUGCCAAAAUACCCGACCCAGAUUCCACAAAGCCUGAUGACUGGGAUGAGGAAGCUCCAAUGGAAAUCGAAGAUGAUGAAGCUGAAAAGCCCGAAGGUUGGUUGGAUGAUGAGCCAGAGGAAGUUGAUGAUCCAGAGGCAACUAAACCAGAGGAUUGGGAUGAUGAAGAGGAUGGUGAAUGGGAGGCACCGAAAAUCGAUAACCCUAAGUGUACUGAGGCUCCUGGUUGUGGGGAGUGGAAGAGGCCGAUGAAGAGGAACCCUGCUUACAAGGGAAAAUGGCAGCCUCCGUUGAUUGAUAACCCUAGCUACAAGGGUAUUUGGAAGCCGCAGGAGAUUGAUAAUCCGGAGUACUUUGAGGUUGAGAAGCCGGAUUUCGAGCCAAUUGCAGCUGUUGGUAUUGAGAUUUGGACGAUGCAGGAUGGUAUAGUGUUUGACAAUAUCUUGAUUGCUUCCGAUGAGAAGGUUGCGGAAUCGUACCGUGAGAGUGCAUGGAAGCCAAAGUUCGAGGCUGAGAAACUGAAGCAAAAGGAAGAGGAAACUACCGAGUCUGACGGGCUUAAGGGUGUCCAGAAAGUGGUGUUUGACAAUCUUUACAAGGUUGCCGAUCUCCCAUUCUUGGGUGAGCACAAGGUCAAAGUAUUGGACUUGCUUGAAAAGGCUGAGAAACAAGCAAACCUCACAAUUGGAAUACUUGCCUCCAUCUUAGUCAUUUUCUUCUCGAUUUUCUUGAAACUCAUCUUCGGUGGGAAGAAGAAGCCGGCUGCUGUAGUUGCAGAGACAAAGAAAACAGAAGUUGCAGAGUCUUCAAACAAGGAGGGAAGCUCAGAGGAGAAGGAAGAGCAGAGCGAGGAUGCUGCUGCUGCUGCUGCACCCCGCAGAAGGACCACAAGGCGUGACAAUUAAAAGUAACGGAGGAUAGAGACACGAAACGAGCUUUCUAUGCCAGUUGGUAGUUUUUUUUGUGGGGGAGAUGCUCUAAAAAUGUUUAAAUUUUCCGACUUUUUUUUCCUUUUUGUUUCGUGAAGUAGGUUUUGUAUGACAAUGUUUACUAUAACCAUUGAUUGAGAUGUGGUAUGUGCCCAUAUACAAUUUAAGGAACUCGUCGUGGAUUCGAAAUUGA